CCGUCCCUAGCGGCGGAGAUGGCGGCGACAGCUGCGGAGGCUGCGGCCUCGGGGUCUGAAGAACCCCGGGAAGAGGCUGAAGCCCUUGGCCCUUCUUGGGAUGAGUCCCAAUUGCGCAGUUAUAGCUUCCCGACUCGUCCCAUCCCGCGUCUGAGUCAGAGCGACCCCCGGGCGGAGGAGCUUAUAGAGAAUGAGGAGCCUGUGGUGCUGACCGAUACAAAUCUUGUGUAUCCUGCCCUGAAAUGGGAUCUUGAAUACCUGCAAGAGAAUAUUGGCAACGGAGACUUCUCUGUGUACAGUGCCAGCACCCACAAGUUCUUGUACUAUGAUGAGAAGAAGAUGGCUAAUUUCCAGAACUUUAAGCCAAGGUCCAACAGGGAAGAAAUGAAAUUUCACGAGUUUGUUGAGAAACUGCAGAGUAUACAGCAGCAAGGAGGAGAAGAGAGGUUGUAUCUGCAGCAAACACUCAAUGACACCGUGGGCAGGAAGAUUGUCAUGGACUUCUUGGGUUUUAACUGGAACUGGAUUAAUAAGCAACAGGGAAAGCGUGGCUGGGGGCAGCUGACAUCCAACCUGCUGCUCAUCGGCAUGGAAGGAAAUGUGACACCUGCUCACUAUGAUGAGCAGCAGAACUUCUUUGCCCAGAUAAAAGGCUACAAGCGAUGCAUUUUAUUCCCUCCGGAUCAGUUUGAGUGCCUCUACCCAUAUCCUGUUCAUCAUCCAUGUGACAGACAGAGCCAGGUGGACUUUGACAAUCCUGACUACGAGAGGUUCCCUAAUUUCCAGAACGUGGUUGGUUACGAAACAGUGGUUGGCCCUGGUGAUGUUCUUUACAUCCCAAUGUACUGGUGGCAUCACAUAGAGUCAUUACUAAAUGGGGGGAUUACCAUCACUGUGAACUUCUGGUAUAAGGGGGCCCCUACCCCAAAGAGAAUUGAAUAUCCUCUUAAAGCCCAUCAGAAAGUGGCCAUAAUGAGAAACAUUGAGAAGAUGCUUGGAGAGGCCUUGGGGAACCCACAAGAGGUGGGGCCCUUGUUGAACACAAUGAUCAAGGGCCGAUACAACUAGCCUGCCAGGAGUCGAGGCCUCCUGCCAGGCGACUGCUAGCCCGUCCACACCGCUUCAUUGAUGAGGACAGGAGACUCCAAGCGCUAGUACUGCACGCUGCACUUAAUGGACUGGACUCUUGCCAUGGCCCUGGAGGCAGGUGUUUGGGGCAAGGCACAAUGGUUGGCACUCUGCUCCCAUUUGGAGGGACUUCUUCCCCUUGCCUCUGUGCCCCAGCACCUUCCUCCCCUGCCCUCCCUAAAGUCCUGCAUUCAGUGUGUGGAGUCCCAGCUUCUGGUUGUCAUCACGUCUGUGUGUGUCAAGUCUGUCAGCCUCGGGAUGUGUGUGCGUGUGUGUUCAGGCACAUGCAUAUAUGUACCAGUUCCUUGCUCCCUCUUCCUGGGUCAGGAUGCCGUGCCUGGCUCCCAGUCCUGUCUCCUGCACCCUCAGUGCCUCAGCCUGAGAGAGGGGAGAUGCUCUUGGAUGCCCAUUCUAUCUGGGCUGCAGGGCCAGAGCUACACUGACCAUUAGGUCAGUCUGCUUCCUCCCAGUUUUCACAGAGUUAGGCUCUAGGGGGGAAUGGCUACUGGGACUCCAGUAUGAGGAGUGAGAGGGAGGUUUGCCUUUUAGAGCUCAGAUAGCCUUCCUGUGAGAGAGCGUUAAACAGGGUUCCAACUUGGACCUGCAAGCUCAAGCCAUAUACAGAAAGGAGCCUUGGGACAUACAAACCAAGGGUUGUGCAGAAGUUCCAAAUUACAGACACAGCUUCUCUCUUUCAUCACCAGCUCUUGCUCCCUGUGCUGGGUACUAAGGUGAGUCCUAGCAGUGGCUCUCCUAGGUUCUAGGGGUACAAGCUCCUGUGAUUGUGUGUGUGCAUACGUGUGUAUGUGUCCACACUGGCCUGCCUCUCUACUUAAGUUUCUUUACUGCUUGACCUUGUCCAGUGGGACAUAACAGUGGGAGCCCCAGGGAAGUACUGCCUGACCUUCCCUGAAGCUUUUAAACUCCAUUUUAGCUACUGGGUAACAGGUCUCCCUGCCAUCUGCCUGAGGCUGACUGGCUAGAGCCUCCAGGUCCUAUGACUCUCCCUGCCCAGGCCACAUCCUCUACUUCUACAGAAUUUCCUGGCUGAGUAGAUGAAAUGGGGUCAAGCUUAGGCAGCUAACUCACCACCUGCCAUCCACCUCAGGGCAAGGGCAAAAAUGUAUCCUUGCCUCCUAAAGCCAGCGCCUCUACCAGACCCCACUGUAAUAUUCCACAACCACCCUCAAAAGUCAGGACAACUGAUGGAGCGUGGAAGAGGAAUUUGCUUUUUUGUUCAUAGCUACUCAUGGGAAACCCUCUCAGGGCUGCAGCUUACAGCUGGGCAGCUGUGCACUGCACAACUUGAAGGGCUGUUACAUUUGUUCAGUGGAAGGGCCCCUGGAAUUGGGUAGUGUGGUGGCCCUGUGUCUUCUCACCUCCACUCCCGUCUCCAUGCCCCUUCUCUCUGGAUGGAAAAAGGAGUUAGAAGUCUCUAAUUUUUUUUUUUUUGGCCAAAGGUUUACUUCCAGUGUCUGAGGUAUGGCUCUUAACCCCCGAAGCUCAGUUUACAGUUAAGCGCACUGAUGGACUGGGGAGAUGUGUAUGUGCACCUGUGUGUGUUGUCGGGAGGGGUGUUUGUUUACCCUAUUCUGGGGUUCUCUGAUGCAGUGUGGGUGUGCAAACAUGGUACCUUCUCAAGUGUAGAUCUUUCAAAUAUAGCCAAUGCUGGAAAAUGUGAUUGCAGUAAUCUCCAUCCCUCCACCCCUUUUGGGAAAGAGGAGCACCGCAAAGAAAACAAGGCAGACUGCUGAUAGCAAUCACACUUCGGAAGAUAGCAGAUUAUUUUCAUUCUCAGCAGGUCUGCUGCAUUCCCCAUUCAGUCCUCAAACCUGUGGGUGUUGUGCGACAGGGAGGCAUGUGCCACUCAGCUGGUCUUUGCUGGGUGCUGUGCUGACAUAGGUCAGACCUAGGGUGACUGAGGGGGAGGGACUUUCAAAGAAUUGGUCCUGAUCCUUGGGUAAUGUAAUAGUGACCCCUGAUUAUGAGACACCUAAUAUAUGUGCCUAUUGCUUUUAUCUUUGCUCCUUACUACCCUGCAAGGUAGGUAUUCUCAUUUUACAGCUGAAGAAAUGGACUCAGAGAGGUUUAAUGGAUUAGAGGCAGACAGGAUUCUAACGUUGUGCUGCUUGGUUGCAACCCUCCUGUUGUUCCUUUCCCACCAAACUAUGUUGAUUCUCCUCCCUUACCUUCUCCCUUGUACUACAGGCCAUCCUCAUCUCACCCCACUGGGCAAUGUCUGGUGCAGGCAAACUUAGCCCAGGAGGGUGCAGAAGAUACAGCUCAGGUGAAAGCUCUUCUGGGCUCCAACUAAAGAAAUCUUGAGAAAAUUGCCAGGAGCCAUAUUCAGAGUUAAGAUGGCUGAAAAGAGCUGCGGGGAAACAGUUCUAGAUCCCAUUGCAUUACUCUUGUGUUAAAUGGGUCCUAUAACUUCUCCCAGCACACUUGAAUCUCUAGAAUUGAAGAUCUAGGCCUAGAUGAUCACUUAGAACCUCAACUCGUGUUCUGCCUCCUUUUCUCCCAAAGAAGAGAUUGAGCCACUUCCCUUAGCUUACCUAGGUUAGAGCUGUUCAUGCUCAGACUCUGCAUGGCGGAGGAAACUUUAUGAUCUUUUGCUUACCCCUUUCCUAACAGGCAGUGUGGUGGCAGACACACCAAGGGAAGGUGGGAUUUUGGGUCUCUGUAGAGGUUAGCCAUAUUACAAAAUACCAUUUUGACACCAGCAGGUACAGAGGAAAUCCCUUUUUUGUGAAGUCAAAUAUUUGUUGGGGGGUUGAACUUUGGGGGAUGGAGGAGGGGCUCUUCUGGGCAUCAGUUGAGCAGAUGCCCAGGAUGCCUGGGGGAGACCAGCUUCCCCUACAAAUCAGAGCUCUAAAUUACAAGGUUUUUACCAACGUGAACAGUUGGGGGAAGUCGUCUGCUCUCAUUUGCGUAAUGGUUUCUGUCACUGGUGAUUAGACACAGGAUGAAGGAAAAGAAAUUUGACAAUUAGGAAUGAGCGGUCAUUAAUCUGAAUCUGUUAGGCGACAGAGAGGGGAAGGAUCCUUAUCAAUGCACCAGCCUGGUGAGGGAAGACCCUCCCUCUGGCCCUGCACAGAGACUCUUGGACCAGUACCCUUUCAUUGUUCCCAUGGGCUUAGCUGGUAUUUUUUAACAAAGGUUAGGUGGGUGCAGUUCCUAGCCUGAGGUGGGUACAGUAUCUACAGGCAUGAGCCAAGGGAGAGAGAUGGGUGUCAAGUACAAGCGAUAGGGCACAGAAUAGUUUGAUGUGUUUACUGUUUGUGGAAGAAUUUUUGUAAUCACUUAAGAUACCGCACCUGUAACAAUUUGUAAGUAUUUGUUACAUUCCAACACUACAGGGUGUGGAGAAAACCUAGUCUUUACCCUCCAGGAACCUGUGCGUUGUUACAGAGGAAACCAAACCAGGUUGCGAAGGUGUGUGUAAUCUGAGGACAGAACUAGAGACCGUUGAGGAAGAUCAGUGGGGCAAAGCUCAACUUCCAGGCUCCUCCAGGCCCCUGGGCUCCCCAGGGAAGGACUCUUCACUCUCGGCCUUCCAGCAACGUUUAUUUUCCCCCAUGUCAGUGCACCUGUUAUGUGGAGGACACAGGCCCCUGCCCAGAUGUGUGAGCAGGUGAUGAGAUUAACUAACAGGCUGAAUCUUAAAGGUGUGGAGAAUCCCAACUUGGAUUGUCCCAUCUCUGUGUUAACUCACCUCUCAUCUCUCCUCUUCAGACCUCAAAGAUAGUAUUUAUACCUGUUGGUGUUGGUUCCUCAGUUUGGUGACUUGUAUGUGGUGGGUUCCUUAGAUCAGAGGCUCCCUCAAGGAUUGGGGGCUGGGGUGGCGGUGUGGUGAUACUUUGCCUCCUCUCAGAAUAUGAGCUGCUCACAGAGGUGUGUCUCUCCUUGGUGAAUUUCCCUACCUCUGGGUUUUCUAGCCUUCAGAACACCUGGGGCAGAGUUCAGUAGGACUGCAAGGAGUAUCCCUCUGACCAGUUCCACCAAACAGGGUGGAUACUGGGAUGCACCUAGAAGUGGCUUGUGGGGUUCCAGAGGCCCUGGCCUUUCAGACCAUGUCCUUUCCCUUUCUCUGGGCCCUCCAGUGCUGUCCUCCAGUCCCUGCCUACUUCUCGAUAUCUUCCCCAAAUUGCCUGCUCUAAAGAGAUGCUUCAGUUUCCCUUUCCAGAGCUCCCCCAUUGCCUCUGCUCGGCCUCCCCCUGCACACACUCCAGUAGCCCUUCACCAAGGGCCUUUUUCCUAAACAGUUGCCCUUUCCUUAGAAGCUCUGUAGCUGCAAGUGUUUGGAUAGACUUUCUUCAGGCUCUCUCUCCCUGGGGUCAUCCCUGUUUAUUUUUGAGACAUCCUUUUCUGACUUGGGAUAGAAUGUGUGUCUACCAAGGUUAAUCCAGUUCUGUGCUCUGUUGUCUUGCCAUUCUUUUGUCAAUUCUGUUCAUCCUGGUUUGGUUUUUCUAAUACUGGAGGCCCUUUCCGCUAGUUUUCAGCCAACCCUGUUUAAACCUCAUACAUCUUGGGAUCCUCAGUGGAACCCUGCUGAUCACUUUUGAUGCAUUUCUGGGGGCACAAAGCCUUAGACACUGGUAGCCUUGAGACCCAGGAGCCUAUGACUCAUGAGGCCUCCAGAGAUGGGUGAAGGGUGGGUACCUAGAAAGUUGUGGACAGUGGAGAACCAGUAAAGGGGAAUUGGGCAGGAAACUUCUAGGAGUGGGGCCAGGCAAGCCAGGGUGGAAAAACAAGUUUGUGUUUCCAUCUAAAUGCGUCUGUGUGCCUUUAAGGUCCAACACUUCAGGUCAGGUAGGCAUUUUAUGAAUGCCUCCUAAUUUCUCUCAGGUCCUCUGAUGAUGCUCCAAAUCACCAAGUUUGGCUGACCCCUGUUUCAGCAAUUGCUGGAAGGGAAACAGAAUAUUGAAUAGUCAGGUCAGGAGUGGAAGUCUUAGAAAGGACCUAGAAUUUGGGUUGGAAAGGGAGAGGGACCCAGUGGUCAGCUUAUACCUCGACUUGGCCUCACUUCUUCCAGUGUUUAAGUACAACAGCUGAUUAAAGAAGUCUUAACGGUUUCACCUUCCCCACCUGUAAUCUGCGCCUUCAGGUAAUAUUUUGGGAAGGAUCCUUUAGGAUCCUUUGGGAAGGAUACAAUAGUUUGUAUCCUUUAACUUCCAGUGAGAAUCCAGCAUAGUAUUUUAAAAGCAUGGGUUUUGGAGUCAGAUGUCUUUGAUUCAGAUUUCUAGCUUUGCUACUUACUAGUUGGGUUUGAUCUUGUUGAUUGACUUAACCUCUCUGAGCCACAGUUUCCUCAACUCUAUAUGUGUCAGGGGGAAGGAGGGUUGAAAAUAUCUACCUCAGGGUUGUUGGAUUAACUGAAACACUGUUUGUAAAGCUUUAGCACAGUGCCUGGCAAGCACUUAAUAAAUGGUUGUCGUGGUGGUGGUGGUUACAUU